AUGUAUUUUCUAAUUAUUUAACUAAUUUAUUAUUCUAUUUAUGUAUUUUAAUUGUUUAUAAAAUUAUAAUUUUUUUAUAUUACUCAUUUUUUAUUUUUAUCUUUAUCAUUUACAUUAGAAUUUACAUUGUUAACUUAGGGAUUAGGUUAUUAAUAAAUCUUCAAUUCGCUCUUAAUACUUGUUUUACAUACUGGGCAUUCUUUUUUGGGAAGAACGUUAUAACACUAUUAGCACAUAGAACAAUGCAAGCAUGGACGUAAAAUAACACUUCUGGAUUUUUAGUAGCAAAUGAUACACUCCAUCUCUUCUCUUGGUUAAGUAUAUACUAUUUCUAGAGCUUUAUUAUUUUAUUCAUCUUAGACUUCUAUUUAUUAGUUUCCAAUUUUUUAUAGAGAAUUGUUUUUAUUAAGAUAGGCUCUUAAAUUUCUCAUACCAUUUACAAUAAAUGUAGGGACUUUAAAUCUUCUACCAAAUAUUGUUAAGUAAUCUUUAUUUUACAGUUAUAAAUAAAGUCCUCUUAAAGCAAAACUAGAAAAAACAAAUGAAGAAAAGAAUAAUAUUAUCUUAAGUGUAUCUUUAGAUUCUAUUUAAUUCCUAAGUAUUUAAAGGUAUUCUAGCUUAUUUUUCAUAAGUCUUACAGGUGUUUAAAUACUAAAUUCACCUUUAUCUUUGUUAUAUAUAACAUCACCUAAAACACUUAUAAUACCUUUAUUUUUUAUUCCGAUUUCACAGUUAUCAAUUUUUAUUUUAAAGCAUAAAUGUUGA